UAUCGCACCAUAACAUACUUCCGGCUGUCUGCCAAAGGAAAUCGACUACCACCCAUUUCCACAACGUAGAUGUGCAGUUGAGGGUUAUCUCAAGAGCAGUUAUGCUGUCCAAUCUUGUCAAGCAGCACCAAACACGUCAGCAGUCCAGAAAAGAAAUUCAAGAAAGGAGAAAGAAGGAUGCCAUUGUAGCUGCAACUGCUCUGUCCCACGUUCUGGUCGAUCAUCUGAAUGCAGGUGUUGCUCAGGCAUAUGUAAACGAGAAGAAGCUGAAUACAGAAACCAAGAUCCUCCAAGAAAAUGCUGCCCAGUUCUCCAAGCAGACCAUGCAGUGGCUCAAACUGGUGGAAGAUUUUAAUACAGCUUUGAAAGAAAUUGGCGAUGUUGAAAACUGGGCCAAGAGCAUUGAGACAGAUAUGAGGACGAUAUCCAGUGCACUGGAAUAUGCAUACAGGAAAAGUGAAUAGAGGACUGACGCGAGUGCUGUUUCUGUGAAAUCAAACAUUUUGGAUAAUACUCCACAUUCCUGCCACUUGCGAGAUGAGAGAUGUGGACAGCCUGUUUACUGUACCAACAACAAGACUCCUGGACAAGCCAGGCUCCAUCAUAUCCUUUGUCGUGAUGUCAUUCUUAAACGUUAGUAACAAACAAAUUUAGAGGGAAUUUAUUUUAAUUAAAUAUGAAAUUUCAUUGGGAAAAUGUCAAAUGUUAAAUGCUACCCCUUGUAGUGUCUUGUAUGCCAGGCCAGACCGCUUAAAGUAUAUCUGAGGGGCAUGCAUUGCACAAUAUAUAUAUAUAUUAUAUACGUUUCCUGUGUCCCAUAGUCUUGGUAAUAACCUACGUUUGUCAGCACCCAAUCUCAUUAAAAUCAGAUCUUAGUUCUCGUUACCGCUAAACAAAGAUCUGAGAACACAGCAUUACGGGUCACGUCAGACUGACCUU